AUCGACAUCCCGCAGAUACUAAUUAUAUAACAAAAAAAAACCCUUUCGAGAUUCUAUUACCUGGAGAAACGAACCUCGCGCCAACUACGCCCAUUGGAAAACACCUUUGGACAAUAAAAUUAAUCAUGUUACUUCAAUCUGCGAUCGUCGCCCUAGGCGGCGCAACCCUAGCGGCUGCUGUCACUCCUCUCGAGGUUCAGGGUCAGCAGUUCGUCAACUCCAAGAGUGGCAACGCUUUUCAGAUUGUGGGGAUGGCUUAUCAGAUCGGCGGAAGUGCUGGUUACGACCCAAGCCAUGGGAAGGAUCCUCUCUCUAACGGUGACAUCUGCAAGCGAGACGCCGCUCUAAUGCAGGCUCUGGGUGUCAACGCGAUUCGAGUGUACAACUUGGACCCCAAUCUAAACCACGACGAAUGUGCCAGUGUUUUCAAUGCUGCGGGUAUGUACAUGAUCAUUGAUGUGAACUCGCCUUUGGCAGGCGAGUCUCUGAACAGCGGUGCGCCUUGGGAGUCGUACUAUGCCGCAUACCUUAACAGGACCUUCGCCAUAGUCGAGGCAUUCAAGUCUUACCCCAACACCCUUGGGUUCUUCUCCGGCAACGAAGUCAUUGAUAACGUCAAGACUGGUGCUACCGUGCCCCCUUACGUCCGUGCUGUCACUCGUGACCUCAAGAACUACAUCAAGAACCACGCCGACCGCGCGAUUCCCGUUGGCUACUCAGCUGCCGAUGUCCGUGAUGUCCUUGAGGACACCUGGAACUACUUCCAGUGUGCUAUAGAUGGUGACGAGAACGACAUGUCCCGGGCCGAUAUGUUCGCUCUGAACAGUUACUCGUGGUGUGGCGAAAGCUCUUUCCAGAAGUCCGGAUACGACACCCUCGUUUCUCUGUUCAAGGAUUCUUCUGUUCCCAUCUUCUACUCCGAGUUUGGUUGCAACACGCCUUCUCCCCGUGUUUUCACUGAGAUUGGCACUAUCUACGGACCGCAGAUGAUGGGUACUUUCGCUGGUGGUGUCGUCUACGAAUGGGCCCAGGAGGACAACAACUACGGUCUAGCUGAAUGCAAUGACGACGGAACUGUUACACUCUUGUCUGACUACCACACUCUUCACGAUCAGUACAGCAAAAUUGACUUCAACAAGAUUCAGAGCGUCAAGGCUGUUAGUAAGAAGGUGACGCCUCCUGAAUGCAAGGCCAGCUUGAUCAAGGAGAAGGGAUUUAACAACAACUUCACCCUUCCCGCCCCUCCCCCUGGAGCUCAAAAGAUCAUUGACGACGGUGUUUCGCCCAAGCCAUCCGGCAAGAUUAUUGACAUCAGCGACUACUCCGUUAACCACAAGGUUACAGACGUCGAUGGAAAGACUCUUUCGAACCUUGCUGUCAAGCCACUUUCGGGUGACGAAAUCAACACCCCCAGCAGCAGCUCCGGCUCAAGCUCUACCGGAUCCGGCUCGUCUGAAUCCGGCAAUGCCGCCCCUACUUUGGCGCCUCAGGGCUCCCUCUCCGCUGCCACCAUCGUCAUCCCGGCGAUGAUCGCCCUGUUCUUCACAGCCGGGUUCACGCUGUUCUAGGCGAUCAGUUGAAUAGUCACAGGAUAAUGAAUGUUUGGCGUUGCACCCAGAGUAGCCGUGGGUUAUGACAGUGUUUUUGACGUUUUAUUCCCCCUCUUGUAAUUGCUGUUUUCCGUCAUAGGACACCAGGAUCGAGGGCUUCGUUGUAUUUUAGGUUACAUAUGCGCUUUUGUGCAGUACAUACAUAGAGGUCAGAUUUGGCAUUAUUUUUUAAGAUUGUGUGGUUUUUGUUUGAGUUGUGAUUUGUUUAAGAACGACAGUGGUCCUAGCUUGUGUAUUACACAGUGAAGAAUAUGCUUCCUUUCAUAGAAGAUUAUGCAACCUAUUGAAAGGAGGAUAAGAGCUAUACAGUUAAGCUUUUUAGCCUCCAGCAAGUUAUCAUGUAUUCCUAUAAAUUAUCCUCGAAUUGACAAUAGAAAAUGA